AUCCUGCUGCUGCCGCUCUGCCUCCCCACCCUGCAGCCCCUGCAAAGGUCCAGAGUGUGGAGGACUUUGUCCCUGAGGACAGCCUGGACCACAGCUUUCUGGAAGACCCAGCCCCCCAGAAGGACAGAGGGAAGGCACAGACCAGACACCGUGUGGACAGCGAAAGCGAUGGAGAGGCACCUGGGGGGAACCCCAUGGUGGCAGGGUUCCAAGAUGACCUGGAUCUGGAUGACAAACUCCCCAGCAGACCCAUGCUGGCAGCAGAACGGGUGCCCAGCAAGAACGUCACCCUCUCCAGUGAGGAAGAGGAAGAGGUGAAGGACUCUAAGGUUGUUCUCAUACCUGAUGAAGACAUUGACACGGAGCAGGAAAAAAAAAGGUCUUCCAGAAAUGCUCUGAAACCACAGAGUGAAGCAAUCUUGACCAAAGCAACUGACCCGAAGCCUCUUGACAGUUUACCUCCACGUCCUGGGUCCGAGAGAAACAGCAGCAGCAAGGUCAACACAAGCCUGCCAGCUGCUGCUGCUGCCACCCCGGCGGCAGUUCAGGCCCCAAAGACCACUUCUCAAAGCAGAGGACAUGCUCUCAAGCAGAAGGUGGUCAAAGAGGAGAAGCCUGAGGAGUCUGACAGCGACCAAGAGGGACCAAUAGCUACUCAGAUGCUCUCCUUUGUUAUGGAUGACCCAGACUUCGAAAGCGAGGACUCUGACAGCCAGAAGAAGAAAAUGGAUGAAUUCCCAGUCCGGGAAGAUCUCUCUGAAAUAUCUGAUGAUGAUGAUGAUACCUCGUUGGCAAAGCCACCCCAACCUGUGAAAUCAACAGUCCACUCCUUCAAACUGAAAAAUGAUUCAGACCUCUUUGGUUUGGGUUUGGAAGAAACUGGUCCCAAGGAGAGCAGUGAGGAAG